UGCCUUCCAUUGCAUUUCUCCAGCAGCGGACUAACCAGGCCCCUCGCAGCCGCAGCACGGUGGCCAAGAGCCGGGCUGAUUCCCCACCACAGACCCGGCAGGUGUGACGGUGGUGGAACACCUGAGAACCUGCAGGCACCAUCAUAACAACCCACAUCUGGAUGCUGCAGGAUUUACUGGAAAAGCUCUGUCGGAAAAAGCUCCUGGAUGUGAUGAAAUCCUAACCAAAGUGCGACACAUACACACACACAGAAGCUCAUGCACAUCCUAAAGGGGCCUGUUUUUGCAAUGCAACUGUGCGUGUUUCUGGCUGUAAAGGCGGAUAAGCAGAGGUGAGGCUGCAGGAGGUGUUAUUGUCUGGAGGAGGUUGACGCAGCAGCAGCAGCAGCAGCUCCUGCGCUGUCAGACGAGGAAGUGAGGCUUCAUAAACACACGCCCAUUUCAGCCUGCUUGCUAAAAAAGCACCAGACACGCUCAUCAGAAAGCAGCUACAGACUUUAUAAAACAUGCGACACUGGGAAUAAACCUGCAGGACGACGCAGACUUCAUUGGUGCGUUAAAGUGUUAAAGGAUGGACAGGGAGCUGGUUCGUCAGAGCCAAUCAGAACACGGCGAGGCCACCAAUGGAACCAGCCCUCAGACCUCCACCGCCGCCACGCCCGACCCCUCCACCCCAACAACCCCCACCCCUCCUCGGCUCACCCCCAACCCCAUGCUCCUGGACUCGCCGGCACCCACGCUGACGCCCACCACCCACUCCCCUCCUCCCCCUCUCACCCCCGCUCCCUCCGUCACCGCAACCCACGUCCCCAAAAUGGCGGCGGUGGCGACGGUUGGAGCUCCAUCUCCCCACAUCCUCGUCCCCGCUCCCCCUAAACUCACCUCCACCACAACCCCCACCCUCCGCACGUACUCUCGCCCGAUCCUCCCCUCCCCGACGGGCGCCUCCAAAACAUCUCCCACCAAACAAACCUCCUCCUCCUCCUCUCUUCUCCAUCCUUCCUCCUCCUCCUCCUCUUCCUCUCCUGUUGUAGCCAGCACCACCUCGCCCCUCCUCCUCUCUUCUUCUUCUUCUGCAUCGCAAAGCAGCACCACCAUGUCAACCAAGACCUCCACCAGCCUGACCAAUGGGAACACAAGGCCUGUAUCCACACCGACCUCCACGCCAAUCACGCCCUUUCACACGCCAGCCAGUCCACCUGGCAGACAGGUAUCACAGGCUCAUCCUGUGGGCACACCUGGUCUUGUGCGAGCCAAUCAGAGCCCGUCCCCCGUGAGGCCGAGGGUAUCCCAGCAGACAUUGCUCCUGGGGAAAGGUCUCAAAGGGUCUGGACAAGACCAGGUGCUGCUUAGAGCUCAGAUGCUGAUUCUUACGUCUGCUAUGCGACCUGCCCUGUCCUCCUCCUCUUCCUCUUCCUCCUCCUCUUCUCCUUCCUCUAACCCUGCCUCCGCUAAGCUCCAGAGUCUCACCCUGAGGCCUCCUCCCCCCGGGGCCCUCACCAUCCCCCCCUCCCUCCGCCUCAAGCCCCCCUCCUCAGCCCCGCCUCUCCUCUCUCGCCCUCACACCCCCCUCUUCCCGCCUCUCAGGCCGCGACCGCAGCCCUGCACCACGGCAACGGAGAGCCCGAACACGCCCUGCCGCCACCUCUCCGUCCCACCGCCAACUCUGUACUCUCCGGUCCGAGCCGUCCCUCUGAGACCAAGACUUCAUUCUCCAAACGGCCACAGAGCGCCGUCGCCACGGCAAACCUCAACCCUCCAACCGAUCGCUGCUGCCCCCGCCUGUCAGGCCUCUCCCACCAGCAGGCCGCUGGCCGGACUAAAGAGCUGUCCGUUAACUCAAACUAUGCUCGGGCCCGGCCAAUCCCAGCACGGCUCCUUAUCUGUGACCAACGCCAUGUCUGCUUCGUCCCAUUUCGAGCGUUCGCCGUCUGCGGCGAGGCAGCUGCAAAUCAUCGCCCUCUCCUCCUCGGGACGGCAACCUUGCACGUACGCCCACGCUGUGCAGUCGACGCCUCCUGUUGUAGAGUCGCCGGAGCUGUCCAGCCAAUCAAAGAGGACGUUGAGCGGUGACGUGCUUCCUGUUCCUCUAAACCCGUCGUUGCCAAAAAACACCUCUCCCCUGCCCUCGCCUCCGUCUCUCCUGAGUUCGGCGUCCCCUCCGAGUCAGGCUGGUCCUCAAACACAAACUGUGACCCAGAAAGGAGAGGCGAAGGACGGCGAGGAGCAGCGAGAGAGAGGGCGAGGGGUACGACAAGGAGUCAGAGGGGAGGGGAGUGUCGGUAAAGACCUGAGGGUGGAGAGAGAUGACCAAAGAGAGAAAGUGAAGGAGGAGAAACCGAGACUUCCACCCGAGAAGGAAGGAGGCAUCGUCGGUCAGAAGGAACAGGAAGUUGAAACUGGCAGACGGGAAGAACAGAUGGAAGUGACGGAGGAAGGAGAGAGGGCUGAGAGAGGCGAGGAGAAAAAGAUGGAGGAGGAAGAGGAAGGAGAGACCGCCAUGGACCAGUCGGAGAACCUGACCAGUCAGAUUCUCCAUCAGCACCAGAACACGGAUCCUAUCCCGACGCCUGACACCGUUAAAGACUCCAGCACGGAGCCGAAACCCAUCCUGGGUCUCAUUCCGGCUCCGGUUCCAGUCCAAACCCCAGUAACAGUCCCAGUAACAGUCCCAGUACCAGCUCCAGUACCAGCUCCAGUACCAGCUCCAGUACCAGCUCCAGUACCAGCUCCAGUACCUGCUCCAGUACCAGAGGUUUCUGUCCAAAGUCAGAGACUACCAGAGUCUCAUCGGGACCUGCAGCCGGUCAGCCAGGAGGACUUCUGUGAGAACAUGUCAACACAGUCAGACAACCAGUCAGCCUUGUCCAGCCUCUCCUCCCAGUCUCCCCCCUCCUCGCCCUUCAUCACCCCCUCGGCAGAAAACCCUCCCCCGCUCCUCCCGGCUCAGACCGCCCGCCCGACCGACCUCAGCCUAUCGCAGCACGAGACGGAGAAAGUCGACACAACGGUUAAUGAGUCGCAGCACCGUGCCGAAACCGAGACGGAGCCCCUCAGCCAAUCGGGAGACGAGACGGAGAGCUUCGGCCAAUCGCUGAGCGGCAACUUCGAGCCGAGGGCGUGGCCGGAGGGGCGGCAGGUUCUGACUCACCUGGUGGAAGGAUUUGUCAUCCAGGAGGGGCUCCAACCGUUUCCUCUGCAGUGGACAUCAAAAUCCAAAGUGAAUUCAUACAAAAAACAGAGCGGAGUGAACCGCUCGUCCCUGCUGGUUCCAGAGCCGGUGACCAAACCGGAGGAGGUGAACGGGACCAAUGGGAGCGAGGCGUUGCCCGUGACGGACGCAGUGAAACCAGCUGAGCACUCCACUGAGUCAGAGGGGGAGGAGGCGGGAGACACAGACGACGCCGCCAACAGGACGGCCCACAGGGACAGGACGGUGCUGCACUGUCAGUUCUGCGGGAAGAGAGGCCACGCACACAACUUCAUGCGGUCCAAACGUUUUUGCUCCACUUCCUGUGCUCGCGGGUUUAACGUUCGUCUGACGAAGCGUCUGCGGGCUCUGAGUGCAGGUAGCCGGUCAGAGAGGCCCCGUCCGGUCCUGAACAGGGCGGAGUCCGUUCCUGGGAAGCCUCUUUUACUGCGACUGUCCCUGCAGCCUCGUGACCUCUGGAGCGCCGGUCGGCGUGAGAAGGAGGGAAAGGAGAAGGCAGCGGCGGCAGAAGGUGAUGAGGAGGAGGAUGACGAGGAGGACAUGGAGCCAGGAGGGGAGGAGGAAGAAGAUGACGGCGGGGAUGAGGAGGAUCCUGCUGUUGCCAUGACAGCCAGGAUGGAGCGCAGGGCGGCGCGGAGAGCGAGGAGGUCGUCCGCGCCCGCGUUGACCACCUCUACGCCCACGACCACGUUCAAACCCGCCCCCUCCCACUGGAGCGUGGAGGAAGUGACUGCCUUCAUUCACACGCUGCCAGGCUGCAGCGACGUGGCCGAGGCGUUCCGGCUGCAGGAGAUCGACGGCCAGGCUCUGCUGCUGCUGACCGAGGACCACCUGAUGACCAGCAUGAACAUCAAACUGGGACCGGCUCUCAAGAUCUGCGCUCACAUCAACGCACUGAAAAACCAAUGAGAGAGAGAGAAAGAAAAAAACACUGAGAAGAAGAAGAAGAGAGAAAGUUGGGGUGUGAAAACGACAACAAAGAAAAUAGAUAAAUGGAGGAAAUGAAAGAGAAAGGAGAGAGUUUUUAUGAAAAACAAAAAGCUGACACCAAGGAUGACAGAACAAAGUCACAAAAAGAGAUUCACGGUAAUUUAUGAGAUUAUAAAUCGAGGUGUGGCCUUAGGAGACGGGAACAGAAGCGUGAAGACACCAGAGUCCGGAAGAAAUUUCAUCCGUUUUGGGACCGUAGCAGGAGGGAUUUUUGUAACUUUGUGUACAUUUUUUCAUGCCGCUGGAGAGUGUAAAUUUGAAGCUAUUUCAUGAAGGAUUUUGAACAUUUAAUAUAUAAAAUUUGUCUAUUUAGUUUUUUUAGAACGUGACGUCAACGACAAAUCUAUCCAGUAGCUAACAUAACCGGUGUGUGUAAAAAAAAAAAUAACAAUAAUAAUACGUAGACUUUGUAAGUGAUUAAUGAAAGUUUAAUGUUUUAUAUCACUAUAUUCUGGACAAAAACAUGUCUGUGGAUUAAAAAAAAGAAAGGUCACUAUCAGGGUAGAGACUGGUGUCUUUAAUCGUCACAUUUUUAUGGUAUCAUGCUUGAAAUUAUUUAAUAAAUGAAUAAUUAAUCAAA